CCCUGAAGUAUGUCUGGACCCAAAUUAGAGUUUUCUUUAAAGUAAUAGUGGUCAUUUCUUUUCUUUUCACCGUCAACUACUGUUUUUCGUCUCUUGUUUGCUUUGACCGGCAGUAAUCUCGGCUCAGGGAUAUCUUCUCGCCGGAGAAACAUCGCGCUCCGGCUAUACAACUUUCUGUUACCACAUCACGAUAAUGACUCCAGAGUAUGAUUACCUGUUCAAGCUUCUUCUCAUUGGAGAUUCUGGUGUCGGCAAAUCUUGUCUUCUUCUGAGAUUCGCGGAUGAUUCAUACAUAGAGAGUUACAUAAGUACCAUUGGGGUUGAUUUUAAAAUACGUACAGUGGAGCAAGAUGGGAAGACCAUAAAACUCCAAAUUUGGGAUACUGCUGGGCAAGAACGAUUUAGGACGAUAACCAGUAGCUACUACAGAGGGGCACAUGGUAUCAUAGUUGUUUAUGAUGUGACAGACCAAGAGAGCUUCAAUAAUGUCAAGCAGUGGCUAAGUGAAAUUGAUCGAUAUGCUAGCAAUAAUGUCAACAAACUUCUGGUUGGAAACAAGUGUGAUCUUACUGCAAAUAGAGUUGUGUCCUAUGAAACAGCAAAGGCAUUUGCAGAUGAGAUUGGUAUUCCUUUCAUGGAAACCAGUGCAAAAGAUUCUACUAAUGUGGAACAAGCUUUCAUGGCCAUGGCUGCUUCUAUCAAGGAUAGAAUGGCAAGCCAGCCAUCUUCGUACAAUUCAAGACCUCCAACAGUGCAGAUCCGUGGACAGCCUGUUGCACAGAAGAGUGGCUGCUGCUCAUCCUAGGCCAAAAGAAAGCGUUCGUGGCUUCUGCUGUCUCCUCUGCCUACAUAUCGUCGCCUGUAAGAUUUGCAAUAUGUCUUCAUUCUCUUGCAAUUACAAACCUGUUCCAGAUGAACCAGCUCAUCAAAAUGGUCUCUUUUAAAUGAUUAUACAACUGUGACAAUAUGUGUUCUUUGAAUACAGGUGUCCUGUACAAAGUAGAAAUGCUUAAUAUAUAUUGCAUAUUGUUGUUUGUGUGGCCCAUUCUUUUAAGUUGAAUGUAUUCUCCAACUCCUAACUGUACGUUACAAUCCUAGGCUUGAUUGCAUUCACACGUGUGUGAGGUUCAAGCAAAUGAAUAAUAGAUGAACUUCUCAUUUGUGCUACGUGGACAGAUGUUGAUUGUUAUUAUUAUAUUGUGGAAAUCCUUGCUAUUACUUCUGAUCA